GGGAAAUACAGCAGCAGCUGGUGUGAAGACGACAGCUGAGUGAGGAGGAGGAGGAGGAGGAGCGAUGAUUGACCUGAGCCACCUGACGGAGGAGGAGCAGGAGGUGAUCAUGACGGUGCUGAGGAGAGACGCUGAGCUGAAGAAAGCAGAGGAGGAGCGAGUCAGGAAACUGGAGAAAAUCCUGAGCGGCGGGCCGCAGACGGACAGCAAGCUGAAGUACCUGACGGGCGAGUGGUUCUACGAGGCCAAGUCUCAGAGGCACUCGGACAAGAUCCACGGCUCCGAGAUCAUCCUGGCCUCCAUGAGGCAGGGCCGGGCGGCCAGCCUGGACGGGUCUCUGAGAGUGGACCGGUCCAGGAUGUCCAGCAGUCGCGGUUCAGACAUCGUGCCCCCGCAGAAACCCGCCAGAUGUUUUGAGGCACAGCAGCCGAAGCAGAGAAACGAUGCAGAGAAAGAAAACCAGGACUCAUCAGUUUGUUCUCCCAGACUGCCGAGACACAACCCUUUUAACCGCCCGUCUCUGAUCGUUGUUGAGCCUCCUGAAAACAGUUCUGACCUCUCGACCAGUCGGGACCCAGAGACAGCGCCCGUCUCUCCGCUGAAGAGCCGCCCAGCGUGUGAGGCCAGCCAGGCGGAGGCCUCCGUCACGCCAGACGCCUCCUCUGUGGCUUUCAGGCCGGUGCCGAAGAAAAGGACGUUUCUCGCAAGACGGACAGAAGGCACCUGCUCUGGGGCAGACGCUCCGGGCGGGUCGGCGGCGGUCGUUCCCGCCCCGCGGCGAAGCCUCCAGCAGGCGUCCAGCGGCAGCUCUGAGUCGUCCCGCCCAAAGAGCCGAGAAGAAAUGCCUCCGAAAGCCGCAGCGCCGCUGCCUGAUGGGAUACCUCAGCCUGUUCAGCCGUCCAGGCCUGCAGGCGGACGUCCAGCGCAGCCGCCACGCCACGCAUCGCAGGUCUCCUCCAACUCCAGUCUGGAGAGACCAAGACUCACCGCCUCUGAAAAAACUGACAGACCAGCCGUGUUCACCAGGAGCAGCAGCUCCAUCGAGAGGAAGAGUCAGCAGAGGACUGAAGAAGAAGAAGAAGAAGAAGACAGUCGGACACAGAGAGAGCAUCCAGAUUUAAAUCUCUUCAGAGAGAUCGGCAGCCGCAUGGACCCGGCAAUGACCCCGGCAAUGACCCCGGAGGAGCUCAGUUUACCCCAAAGCACUGUGGAUCCAGUUCCUCCGAUAUCCUACGAUCUUCACUUCAUCGAUCAGUCCGAUCAGUGUGUCCAGAGGCCCGGUCAGACACACGUCUUCAAACUGUCCACUCAGACCAGCAGUCCCGACGGAGACGAGGAGGACUCCAUCGCCAAGGUGCUGGACUGGUUCAGCCGCAGCGUGGACAGCAGUGAGUGGCUGAACUCUGACGAAGGGCCAGAAGCCACAAAGUUCUCCGAGGUCGGCUCGUCAAGACGGGAGGAGCCGUCGGCCGACACCACCGGGAGAAAGAGGGAGAGUCUGAUGAAAAGACUGACCGCCGAGGAGGAGAAAGACUUCAGAGGUUCAGGCAGGAAAGGUGGAAAGGAGCUGAUCGAAACUCAAGGAAAACUGAAGACGAGCACAGGAGAGGGAAAGGUCUCACAAGACGGAGAAAACAGUGUUGAUGAGAACCAACCUCCGAAAAUCUCUCAUCUGAAGUCGUUCUGGGAGAAAAGCAACGCCGGCCCUAAAAUACUCGUCAGCAAAUUGGUCACACCAGCCGACAAAGGGCAAAAGCCUCCUGAGCAGCCAGCAGAGAAAGCGUCUGAUAUCCUCUCUGCUCCUCGAUCACACAGCGAGAGAGGGACUCCCGGCAAGAUCACCUCCAGCCGCAGUGACGAGAGGGAGCAGCAGCUGGUGAUCAACCCACGGACGGACAGUUUGCAUCUUCAUGACCAAAAGCACGCCGACCAUCCGGUGACGCAUUCGCCUCAAAGACGCAACAAUGACGUAACGUACAGCUCAGAUUAUUUUAUAUUGCUGAACAGUCCUCAAGCGGCCGACCGAAGCUCAGAAAUGGAAACGCCAUGUGUCACCAAACGCAGCCCAGGUUUAAAAUCAGCCAACGGCCUCGUAGCUGAGACCACCGCUCCAGUCAGACCAUUCAGGGAGGAGCCGUCGAGGAUCGUUCCUGCAGCUCAUCUAGAUGCAAAUCUGCAAACCAGGGGAAGUCUAGACUCAGAGCAGGCCCCUCUGUCCAGAAGCAGUCCAUACAUGGACUACAAGCUAAGUGUUAAUGAUGUGCAAAUCCCCACGAAAGCACAUAUUUACAGUGAGGCAACUGAAGAGAGAAAAAGGAGGGACUCUGAGGACAAAGGCACGUCUCAUAAAGCUAAAGAUGAAUCUUUGGGUAAGGACAGAGCUCAUAGUCCUCAUUCUAAUAGGCAAGAAAGUACAGCAGAGAAGAUCAAGCAGCUCAAGUCCUUCUGGGAGCAGGAGAGGAGCAGGCCCAUAGUCUAUACAGGCAAACCAAAACCCUCUGAAGAUGGAAAAGCUGCACGUGGAGCCAAUCAGGCAAAGCUGAAUAAAAGAUUCACAAAGUCGGAGUACGACCUGAGGUCACUGGGGAAUGAAUUAGACAGCGAUCCGGAGCACACCAACAAAAAUCAUCCCAAUUUCACGGUUGUUCCUCUGAAUCAGAGACUAGAGAAGGUUUCUCCGAGCCUCAGCGCGAGCCGGUCGCAGUUCAACACCUUGCGUGAUUUCUGGGACGACACCACGUCGGACUCCAAGGGUCUGUCUCCUUAUGACAAACCGAAAAGCCCCAAAAGAAAAGAGCCCACAGCUGCACAGCUGCCCUCCUUGGAGGCUAAAGGUGGCGAGACACAGGUGUAUCGAUUAGCCUCGGCAGCCGAGAAAAGCAGACCACCGGUCACGAAAUCAUCUCCGUCUCAUCAGAUCCGACCGAAGUCGCCGCACGACAGACAGACAGGAACCGGACCGAGAGUUCUGAGUGACGGCAAAAGCAGCCAGCACGUGUCAGCAGAGCAGAGGCAGUCCAGGAGGGGCCUGAAGGACUCCGGUCGAGAGGAGAGACCUCCCAAACCCCAGAGCAGUCCACGGAAAGACAUCCGCUCCCCCAAGAGAAAGGACAGCUUCAGCAUGUCCAGCAGUCGUGGAAACUCUUUGCGUCGCGCCACCAGCAUGUUCUCCCUGAGCGCUCCGGACGACGCGGACCAGAGCCAGCUCCGGAUAGACGUCAGCCCCGUGCACUCUCACAGCAGGAAGCAAAGGCAGGGCGCCGACAAAGGCAGCGCGUCCAGAGAGGAGGCUCUGACUCCCCCGCUGGCGCGGGCGUUCGUCCCCACCGAUUACCGCCAUUACCUGGGGAUGACCGACAGGACCAGCGUACACACCUCGCUCGCCCCGGCCGCCGAGGACGAGGGCUCGGAGGGAAAGUCCGGGUACGAACCCGGCCCUGGGGGACUGGUGAGAGCCAGCACGCCGGUGAGCGGCGAGGAGCGUCACGGCUGGAGGGACGGCAGGGCGGGCCAGCGCCCCCUGUGGGCGACCUACAGCAGUUCAGACACGGGGCAGGAGUCGUCGCUCAGCAGUACGUCAGAAAGCUGGUCGUCCUCCAGAAAAAACCGUGAGAAUGAUGAUGAGCAGAAUCCUGUGAAGAAGGCGCUGUGGCGAGCAGAAAUACGGCCCAAAAAUCUGGCUAAGAGCAUGGAGGACAUCACAGGACCUUUAUCACCGCGACAGGAAAGAAGACCCGACCCGACUUCAGAGCUCAGACGCAUUAGUGAUGUUUCAUCCAUCCCAUCGCCCUCUUCGUCCCUGUUUUCUGACUCAGACUACCUGAAGGAAAUGAGCAAAUCUGUGCCUUCGUUCCUCCAGAACGAGGAUGCAGACAGAGGCAAUGCCGCCCUGUUUGAGAACGGUUACCAUCCGGGACGGCUGUCGACGGGCAGAUCAAUCACUAACCUGAGCAGCUCCUCUGGCAUGAAGCCCGUGUCUCCUCUCAGCGGGAGCGUGAUGACCAUGUACAGCGCAGACUUUGGGAAUGUGGAAGUUCAAGGACACAUCCAGUUCUCCAUCAACUACAUUCAGAGGCUGCGGGAGUUCCACAUCUUCGUGGCUGAGUGUGGAGACCUGGCUGCGGUGGAACCCAAGAGGGGCCGCUCCGAUCCGUACGUCAAAAGCUACCUGGUUCCUGACAAGGCGAACCUGGGAAAGAGGAAGACGUCAGUGAAAAAGAAGACGCUAAAUCCCACUUUCAACGAGAUCCUCAGAUAUCGUGUUCGCUUGGAGUACCUCCGCACCCAGACGCUCAUUCUCUCCGUCUGGCAUCACGACACCUUUGGCAGGAACAGCUUCUUGGGUGAGGUGGAUGUGGACCUGUCCAAGUGGGACUUCGACCACACCCAGAUGAACUACUUAGCCCUGAAAGCAAGGGCAACGCCCACUCUAGCGCCAUCCAGUGGGCAAGGAGAGAUGAGAGUCGCCAUACGUUUCCUGCCACAGAUCAUCCACAGUGAAGGUAAAGAAGGUCACAACACCGGAGAGAUUCACAUCUGGGUCAAAGAAUGCAAGAACCUACCUCUGAUCAGGGCCACCAUUGAUCCAUAUGUGAAGUGCUUCGUGCUGCCGGACACCAGCAGGAAGAGCCGGCAGAAGACGCGUGUGCUGCGCAGGACGGUGGAUCCGGUCUUCAACCACACCAUGGUCUACGACGGCAUCCGGAAUGUGGACCUGACCGAGGCCUGCGUCGAGCUCACCGUCUGGGACCGAGACAGACUGGCCAGCAACCUGCUGGGAGGCCUGAGGCUCGGAGCCGGAACAGGCAGAAGUUACGGUGCGGCAGUGGACUGGAUGGACUCCAGUCCUUACGAGGUGGCGCUGUGGGAGCGCAUGAUCGCCUCCCCAAACGAGUGGGUGGAGGACGUGCUGCCGCUGAGGGUGCUGAACUCUGCGAAAACCGCCUUCAUGUAAACACCGCUGCCUCAAGACCCUGCUGAACACCGUUCGUCACAGUUCAGUCUGGAAGUACUUUUGAAGUGUUCCAAUGAAAAACUGGAUUAAACAACAUGGCUGUGAUCUUACAAAAAAAACGUCUGGCGCUGUCUAGCAAAGCAAAGUCCCGACAAACAAGAGCAACAUUGUUACUUUCUUAGCUGAACCUCCUCAGGUUCAAGCAAGAUUUCUCAGUCAGUUAUACAGUAUUGGUUCACAGCAACACUGAAUCAAAUUUAGUCGACGACUCAAAGUAAAAAGAAAGGAAACGACGUCAUCUGGCUAUUUUAAAGCUGCAGACAGGAAAACAACUGCAGAAUCGCUCUCCGUAGACUUGUGAGUCAGUUCAGUCUGUGUAGGCUACAGUUUGGCCAAACAUUCACCCUUCAUCAGGAUUUUCACAGAACUUCAAAUAUUAUGACUAAAGUGUGAAAGAAGAAGAAAAAAACAGGUUUAUAAGCUAUUUCAACAACUCUUCCUCACUCCAUAUGAAGGGAUGCGUGCACACAGGAACACUGCUCUGAAGGCAACUGCCAGCUGAUGAAGAGCCACUGCACUGUCAGUGAAUAUUUACACAAGAAGAAACUUGUGUAAACUAUAUGUGUGGAGGCAUUCUCUUCAUUUGAUGUGAUUUAAAAAAAAGCCACACAGCUGUAGUGAUUCAUAUACAUUUUGCACAGUCGUGGCGGAAGUUAACCAGCUUUGCAAGCAGAAGCAUUCAUAACUCUUAAAGCGUUAAUCAGUUAAGUACUAUGUAAACUGCGCAGCACUUGCAGAUUAACCAGACACUCGCUGGCAUAAUCACCAUUUUAUAAACACAGCUGGCUUAAACGAAACAGAUGCUGACUUCCAUGUGAAAAAUUCCACACCAGACCUUUAAGAAAACCUCCGUCAUCGUUACGUCUUCACUCAAGCAGCUGGAUCUCCCGAACACUUUUUUCUCCCCUCAGGUUUACACUGACUUUGACAACAUUUUUACACACCUGUAUGGACACGACAGCAGGUGUGGUGUGUAUUGUAAGGUCUGUUCCACUCAGCUCUAUUAAACUGAAAUUGCUUUGAAAAAAAUGGAACUCAUCUCCUUUGAUUUUACGUUUUUAUUGUGAUUAAAAAAAAAAAAAAAGACAGAAUGGACUGAGUGACACGUUAGUUUUUAUUAUA